CAUUGGAAAGUGCGCUCGCCGCAUCCCCUCCGACUCGCCAGCGCGUUUCGUCUCCCCCAGCUUGGAAAGACAGAAAUCUAGACCUUAGAGGUGAAGUGACCGUGGAAAGAGAGCCGGGAAGCGGCGGGAUUGGAUAGCGACGCAGAGAACGUGAGCGGACGCUCCCUUCGCCGAGAAUCCAACUCAUUCGCCGGGACGCAGCAUCCAAGUGGCGGCAGACGCGCCCGCCCUGCUGCGUUGCCAGGCGCCGCGGACUCGAAAGACUCUCCGCACACGCCGACCUCGCGGCGGCUGCUGGAAUCCCGAAGCUGCCAGGCGCUCCAGGCGCGUCGGGGCAAACUUUGCCUCAAUCCACGUGCCAGCUAGGCGGCUAGCCUCCAGGGCUCCGGAUGGAGCGCAGCGCCUAGGCACGCUGCGCCGCCGGAGACGUUGGUGCGCACGGUUCGCAGCGGAGAGAUGCUGAACGCGCCGAAUUGACCAGUGCGGCUCCAGGACUAGUGGCGACGACUCCUCUGCGUCCUCCCCAGCAGCGCAGUCAGCGCCGGCUCCUCGGAUGAGCCCUCCAGUUCCCGACUUUGAGAGAGGUCUCUACCCUUCUUGACCGCCCAAAUGCAGUUUCGCCUCUUCUCUUUUGCCCUCAUCAUUCUGAACUGUAUGGAUUACAGCCACUGCCAAGGCAACCGAUGGAGACGCAGCAAGCGAGCUAGUUAUGUGUCAAAUCCCAUUUGCAAGGGUUGUUUGUCUUGUUCAAAGGACAACGGGUGCAGCCGAUGUCAACAGAAGUUGUUCUUCUUUCUUCGAAGAGAAGGGAUGCGUCAGUAUGGAGAGUGCCUGCAUUCCUGCCCAUCAGGAUACUAUGGACACCGAGCACCAGAUAUGAACAGAUGUGCACGAUGCCGAAUAGAAAACUGUGAUUCUUGCUUUAGCAAAGACUUUUGUACUAAGUGCAAAGUUGGCUUUUAUUUGCAUAGAGGCCGUUUUGACGAAUGUCCAGAUGGUUUUGCACCACUAGAUGAAACGAUGGAAUGUGUGGAAGGAUGUGUUGGUUAUUGGAGCGAAUGGGGAGCUUGUAGCAGGGAUAAUCGCACAUGUGGAUUUAAGUGGGGUCUGGAAACCAGAAACACGGCAAAUUGUUAAAAGCCAGCAAAAGACACGAUUCCAUGCCCAACUAUUGCGGAAUCCAGGAGAUGUAAGAUGGCCAUGAGGCAUUGUCCAGGAGGGAAGAGAACACAAAAGGCAAAGGAGAAGAGGAACAAGAAGAAGAAGAAGAAACUGAUAGAAAGAGCCCAGGAGCAACACAGUGUGUUCCUAGCUACAGACAAAGCUAACCAGUAAAAUAAAAGACAAAUUGGUGGAUUUGGUGGAGGGGGGGUUGUUUCUGCAAAACUGCACAAAGCUACUCUCUGCUCCUGCACACUGGUGUACAGCAUUUGUCCUGCUUUGACUAGGUAUCUGUUCCCAGUAACUUUGUGAAAGGAAGAGCUGCAGUGUGGUUUCUGUGUUAUUUAUAACUUUGAUUUGAAUCUGGAGACUGUGAAGGCAUGAGUUCAUUGACCUGAAUCAGUGGAAGCAGACAUCGUGUACAACAUGUGACUUGGCUCCGGGUCUGCUGAGAGAGUCUUUCCCUGGCACCGUGGAGAUGCAAGGGGUAUAAGGCCGCAGACCACCUUUGGAGAAUGGACUUGUGCAUAUUUAUGUGAAAGAAGAUGCUUGGCAGGCAAAGUGCUAUUUCACUUGUGACCUUUAUUUCCCACCUUCUGCAUUUUCAAGGGUAAAUGUGUGUGGAUAUCUGCUUAGUGUUAGCACACGUUGUUCUCAGCAUCUGUUACCUUCAAAACUGUGUGCGAUGAAACUGCUUUUAGCUGGUGAUCUGCUUCAGGAAUUCCUGCUGAGUUCCACAGCAACACUAAUAUGUACAUAUUCUUCUGGGGCUACAUAUAAACCUCUUAUUUACUGUAUAUUUAUGCUUUCUUACGUGUAACAAGUCAUACCUGGUUAAUAUUAUAUCACUUUGUUUCUAGUGGUCCCUAGCCAUUGUCUAGUAAAUGACUGUUCUAGUUUUGCAAAUUGACAGAUGGUUUGUUGCCCCUUGAAACUUUCUUUCUUUUCUUUUUUUUUGUGGGUUUAUUUCUCAUUGUAAGGGUAGGAUAAGCUAGUUCGUACAUGUAGUCAGAUGAGCAGUGUCAAAGAGUUUGAAUAUCUGCAGACCUUCCUCCCACCACCUCUUCCCCCACUGAUAAAGCAGCAUGCAACAUCUGGUGAUCACUCAAAAUGCCCUUUGGGUCAAAGAUGUGAUGACUGUAUGAAGUACAACUGAAGCAUGAGGAAUUACAUGCGGUAACUUAUAGUACUCAUCAUGCAAUGUCACAGACCCACUAGAGAAUUUUUCAAACUUUUAUUUGUGACUUUUAUAUAUAUAUUUAAUUUAAAGCCAUCACUGAUUUGCAAGAACAGGGUAUUUAUCAACAUUGUAAAUUGGUUAUCAUAGAGGUUACCAUCAUAAGACCAGGCAUAGAAUUUGAAGGGAAAACUGGUUGAAUUCCCACAACUGCUGGUCAGAUCUUAAAUUUCCAUUGAUCCAGAAUCUAUUUCCCAUCCAAGGCUGAGUGAGAAACUAUAUGGAGACUGCCCAGGUAACCCUGGAGCAGCUGUUUGGAAAACAUCAUCAUCCACUUGGAGAAACUGGUUCUUAGAGGCUGUGAAUUGGCUUCUUAUUUCUAAAAGAACCAUUAUCUUCCUGGCUGUUCCACAAAAGGAAAGAGUUGCGGAUUUUGAGGGAAAAAAAGCAAGGUAAAGCCUUUUUCUCACCUUGCAUUGGCAAAACUACCUCUUCAGCAUUUUUGUUUUACUGUUGAGUCAAAAGCGUCUUACCAAUAAGUAUAAAUGUCAUAUACAUUGUUAUGAAAAUAAUAUUGCUAUGAGAUAAUAAGCCAUAUAUGAAUGUUGUAUACAACUUUAGGGUUUGCACUUAAUCCUAAAGGGUUCACCUCUGUUCAUGUCUAUUUACACUACAUUCCUGUUUACUAAGGGAGUGGGGUCUCCUUUAUAUAGUGCUUCAUUGUUAAUAAGUCAAUACCUGUUCUGGUUCUGGGAUGUUCUUUUUGUGCAUUAAAACAUUACAAAAUUA